CCCGCGCAAUUGAUGCGCGUGAGCAUGUCUUGAUCAUCAAAACAUUGAGAUCGCGCCCAUUCAUUCAUUAGUACACCGGCGUUCAUCUCAGUCCAGCGUGGCUGGAGUCUCUUUUAGUCAAAAGUUACCAAAGUUCGAAGCUAUUUUCUAUUGUCUAGUGAAACGAACAUUUACGAAGAAGUUUAAAACGCUUUGAAGUCGUUGUCGUAAGGAUGAGUGUGCAGACCGAAGUUGUCUAUGUGGCAUACUGUUUAGUUUAUAUCUUCACUACAGUUCACCCUGGGAUAUCUAGUCCCACUAGCUCAACCCGAUAUCAAUGCGGAUCAGAACAGUUUACCUGUACAAAUGAAAAAUGCGUUCCUGCGCACUGGCGAUGUGACAGAGAUAAUGAUUGUGGGGACCAUUCAGAUGAGGAUGGUUGUCCUCCCCAAACAUGCCAAGCAAAUGAAUUCCGCUGCAACAAUGGACGAUGCAUCCCACAAUCGUGGUAUUGUGAUCAAGCAGAUGACUGUAAAGAUAAUUCUGAUGAGUUAAAUUGUGCACAAAAUGUAAGCUGUAGUGGCCAAGAUUUCAAAUGCAAUAAUGGUAUAUGCAUAAGAAGCAGCUGGAAGUGCGAUAGACAUGAUGACUGUGGUGAUAAUUCUGAUGAGGAGGCAUGUGAUGGCUCAGGACGGGCACAAGGAAGUUGUGCAAGUGGUGCAUUUUCAUGCAGCAACGGCCAAUGUUUGCCUUGGUCAUAUGUUUGUGAUGGUGAUGAUGAUUGUGGCGAUGGCUCUGAUGAAGAACCUCACCACUGUGAUGCUAAAACCUGCAGUGCAAACCAGUUUACUUGUCAAAAUCAGCAAUGUAUUCCCCUACGUUGGAAAUGUGAUGGUGAUUCUGAUUGUAGUGAUGCCUCAGAUGAAAAUGGAUGUCGCAGGGAACCAGUUUGUUCACAAAACAGGUUUCGCUGCAGUGAUGGAACCUGCAUCCGUGGUCACUGGAAAUGUGAUGGCGAAAAUGAUUGUCAUGAUGGAUCAGAUGAGAUUGGAUGUUCUUCUUCUGUUAACUGUACUGGUGAUCAGUUUUUGUGCAAUGAUGGAAGUAAAUGCAUUCCAAAUACUAAAAAGUGUGAUGGAGUAUUGAACUGUGAGGAUGGGUCAGAUGAAAGUACUAGUUUCUGUGCGGUUAACUGUACUGCUGAUCAAUUCAAGUGUGGAAGCACAUCAAAGUGUGUUGAAAAAUCCAAAGUCUGUGAUCGAAAUAGUGAUUGUCCUGAUGGGGAGGAUGAGCAGCAAAACUGCGAUAUCAAUGAGUGUAUGGAUCACAAUGGCCACUGUCAACAAAUAUGUAAUGAUCUGAGGAUUGGCUUUGAAUGCUCCUGUCAUUCAGGCUAUGUACUUGCUGAAAACAAGAAAAAUUGUGAUGAUAUUGAUGAAUGUAAAGUAUACGGAAUGUGUAGUCAAGAUUGUCAAAACACCAAGGGAAGCUACAAGUGUGUAUGUAAACCAGGUUAUCAAUUGGAGCCCGACAAGAAAACGUGUAAAGCAAAAGAUAAUACACCAUACCUGCUCUAUUCCACACAAUUUGGUAUUCACAAGAUGGCUCUGGAUAGGACCUCCAAUGCAUUCAGUAUAGUUGUGAAAAAUCAGAAAGGCAUUGUUGCUAUUGACUAUGACUACUAUGACAACUAUGUGUACUGGACAGAUGUCAGAGAUGAGAGGAUUUGUCGUGCUCAAAUUCCUACCCAUGGAGGAGAUGCAGCUGAUUGUGAGGUUUUGAUACAAAACAGUACUAACACUCCAGAUGGAAUUGCUAUUGACUGGGUUGGCAAAAAAAUGUACUGGACAGAUGGGCAUUUCAACAGAAUUGAGGUGGCAGAACUUGAUGGUUCUCACAGACUGACACUUUUUGACUCUGAACUAGAUGAGCCAAGAGCCAUUGUUGCGGACCCUCUCUUAGGAUAUCUAUACUGGACUGACUGGGGACACAACCCAAAGAUUGAAAAGGCAGCUAUGGAUGGAGACCCAAAUACAAGACAAGUCAUUGUCUCUGAAGGGUUAGCUUGGCCAAAUGGACUUGCAAUUGAUUACCCCCUAAAAAGAAUCUACUGGGCUGAUGCAAGACUGAAGAAGAUAGAAUCUAGUAGGUAUGAUGGCUCCGACCGUCGUCUCAUUGCCAGCAUUGUGCCGCAUCAUCCAUUUGGGCUGGGUGUGUUUGAGAACCAGUUGUACUAUACAGAUUGGUACAAGAAUGGCAAGGGAAUUAAAAAGCUAAACAAAUUCAGUGGGUCUGAUCAAAAGAUCAAGGAUACGCUGUGGUCUCAUAUGGAUAUCAAAGUGUUUCAUCCUCUCCGUCAGCCUAAUGCUACUAAUCCCUGUGAGGUUGAUAAUGGAGGAUGCAGUCACCUCUGCCUGUUGGCAGCUG